AUGCCCCUCCAUCCCAACGCGGAGGGAAACCUUGCCCUCGCCAACCCCUUGUUUGUGCCGUUGGCAUCGCCCCCCUCGGACGACAUUAUAAACGCUGUCAAAGUAACAUUCGACGCCGUUCUCGACCCUGCUGGCCUCUCCCUCGAGCGGGCCAGGCUGUUUUUAUUGGAAGAGCCGGCCACAACAAGCGACCCCGAUAUUCUCCUGGUCGUCGUCUACACCGCACUUGGCGUUCAGGCGCAUGAUAAAGAGCACAAAAUUUCGCCCCCUUCUGCCCAACCAGGCCACCAAAUUGCGCACCCGCGAGCGCGUCCACGACACGCCUCGUCUCGCAAACUCAUCGGCCAAGAGAGAGCACUCGUCAACUUCGCGCUCAGCACGAAGUCCAAGUCCAAGUCGCAAGACUUUGCAUACCUGAAGGUGAUGCAGUACUUCGGCCCCGCGCCAUCUGUAACCCUCUCGGUAAACCGCUCUUCGGUCCUUGCCGAGGCGAUUACCGACACCACGGCCAGCGGCUCUCGCUCGAAGUCUACGCGUUCACCGCGCCAGAUGAACAUCGAGACCACCUUCGCCAAGGUUCGAGAGUGGAUUGAGGGACGGCCAGGUGCGAUUUGUCGCCAAGACUGGGAGAACCGCACGCACCGUCGUGCUUUUUACCGCCGCCGACGCCUACGGCAAAAUACACUUCAAAUCAAGGACAAGAACGCCGACACCCGGGCGCGCUACGAGCGUAUGCUCGCCAAGGCCAUCCCCGACGUCCGCCCCGACUGCAAGUCUCUGGAGGACCAAGCAAAGGUCUUGAACGACAAGUCGUUCGAGAAGGAGCUUCGCGGCGCCAUUCGUCGCCGCGCUCUUCAGUACGGCCUUCCGGGUCCCAGCAAGUACCUGCUCAUCGAGUCCAGGCAGCUGGCGAAGGUGUGGGUCGAGGCUGCCAAUAAGCGCGGGAAACAGCUGAGCAACACGCUCACCCUCCGUGGAGAGAUUGAUCUCCACCGUAUCCUUGUCCAGGAAGGUUACGAUGUGGAGUACAUUGUCAACAAGGAUCUCUCCCCGGAGGCGGACGGUCAUGCGCCAUGGCUGGGGCUCGAGGCAGCCGCACUGGACCGCCGGCUUAAGGAUCAUCGCCUCUAUCUGCCCCUCGACGCUGCCAAGCAGUACUGCGACGAGUGGAGAAACGCUAGCGAGAACAAAAUCCUGGGACUCGAGGACUUGUACUCGUCGAACAACAGCAUGGGAGAUGACGAGGAACCCGAGUACGCCCCCUCCGACGGCGCCGACUUCUUCCCAGACUUGCGUGCGUUCAUGGCCGACAGUGGCGACGAGGAGUAG